UUGUUAACUGAAUUGUGAGUUUAUAUCAAUCGCUUUACAACACAUACAAACACAUAAAAUACAUACCACUCAAGUGACUCACAAAUCUAGACUAACUUCUAAUAGAGAAAGAGAGAGASAGAGAGAGAGGACAGACAGUUAUUUUGCAAAGUGAUGAAGAAUAAGAUGAUGUGAUGUUAUUUUUUGGUUUGUUUUUAGUCUUAAAUAGUCUUUAUAUCUUUUUUUUUGUGUUUUGUUUGACCGACAACUUUCUCUGAAGAGCUCUGAAGAAUCCGUAAAGAAGAGAGAAUAGUCACAUACGGAGAGAGAGAGAAAAAAACGUCUCUUUUAAUCGACUUCUCCCUCAUGUGUUUAUUUGGCCACAAAAAAUAAUCACAACAUUACAUUGUGUUUAUGUAUUGUGAAAGAAAGAGUGAAACAACUAAAUACAAUAAGUGUCUAAUAUAAUAAAAUAAUAUAACUUUUUUUGGUGUUACCAGUGCUAACAUAACAGUACGACAACAACGACGACGACUCGUGUGCUCCCGAUAUGAUAACAUCAAUAAUAAAGACUUUUUCAUUGAGUUUAUUGAUUUUGGUCUACUUUUGUCUAUUGUUUACGAGAGAUUUACGGGUGGAAUGCGUGCGAAUAACUGGUAUGAGUCCCACACAGUCUAUGGCCAACGGCUCACAGCACAGUGUGGUACUGGACUGUCAGUUCGAGAUGGAUGAGCUCCAAGACAAAAUGGUUGUCCUUAAAUGGUACCAUAAAGGCGAUACCGUUCCCAUCUAUCAAUGGAUUAUAUCGAAAAAUAGCCGAAAAUAUUCGGACAAAAUUGAGCCAUUCGUUGAUAAGACUUAUUUAGCUAACAAUUCGGUGUCGACACAGUUCCGGGCCAUUCGUCUGGUAAACCCUACCGUCAGGUUAAGUGGUAUUUAUGAAUGUAGUGUUCAGUCACUUGAAAGCCACGACAUUCAGACCACUGAACUCAUUAUUUAUGUACCAGCAAAAAGAUUUACAAUGCAAGCCAUUGAAGUGGUCAAUGGUGUCAACAUAACUUGUGAGGCCAGUGGACUGUCACCCGAGCCAAGGCUUACAUUGUUUCGUAUAACACAAUCAACUGAACCAAACAAUAACAGUGGUAUGAAUGCCAUUGAAGUGAUAGAUAGAGUGGCCGUAACACUGAUUCACGGACAGUCUGGUCUUUACGACAUCUCAUUGACAGCACAUGUAUAUGAAGACUCAUAUUCCGGUUUAGAUGCAACCGAUCAUUACGAGUGUCGACUAACUAUUGAUAAAACCGGCUAUCAGGACACUAAAACUGUGGCCAUUCAAGCAGGUUGGCACACAAGAUAUUAUACUCGCAGCUCAUCCAACAACAAAUUUAUAGCACUGAAGCAGACAUCGACAUCACUGAUGGCUGUUGUUCUCCCUCUUCUGGCAGUCUUAGUCAUCAUAAUCAACAAUAACAACAACAUUAUCAAUACUUUUAUUAUCGCAUAAAAUACUAGUGAAGAAGUGGUAGUCACACGAGUUGAGUCACUCACUCCCAGUGCUCACAAUUUAAUGUGUUGUGUUGUUAUGCAUCAUAUGUCAGAGCAUUUGGUUUUUAUAUAUCACAUAAAUAUAUUUUAUAUAUCAAA